UUUUCUACUCAAUUUCACAACACAGAACUCCCCUGUGCGGGAAAUACUUAUAACCUUUUUGAUUUCCUGUAAAAAGUUCAAGUAACAUCCAAAUGGCAUCAAAAGGGGCCAACCUAUGUGUACUUGCAGUCCUUGUAAUGAUGCUUUGUCAUGGAGCAACUGCUCAGUCAGGCUGCACUAUAGCUCUCGUGGGAUUAUCACCAUGCCUAAGCUAUGUCUCAGGAAAUGGUUCAUCUCCAUCUUCUUCCUGUUGUUCACAACUUGCUAAUGUAGUUCAAUCUCAGCCACUGUGUCUUUGUGCAUUGCUUAAUGGUGGUGGCUCAUCACUUGGCAUUGCCAUUAACCAAACCCUUGCUCUAUCGCUCCCUGGAGCUUGUAAAGUGCAAACACCACCAGUUAGCCAGUGCAAUGAAUCAGCUGCCAGUCCAGCAAUUUCUCCAGCAAUUUCUCCAGCAAGUCUUCCAGCAGAUGAUACGCCUGAAACUCCUAAUACGCCUGAAACUGCUAAUGGGCCGCCAGUGCCGCCAUCAUUGCCUGUCACUCCCGCAGGAGGUGGUUCUAAAACAGUCCCAACAGCAAGAGGCACAUCUGCAGCAAGCGUUUCAAGAAUGCAACUUCAUCUCACCAUAUUCGUCAUUUUCAUUGCUUCAUGUGCUUCAAAUGUCAUUAUUAGAUUCUAACUUUACUACAUGUGAAGAUUUGGUUCUUGUUCUAUUAUCUGCAGCUAUAUGCACUUGUAACCGUAUCUGAUGAAUCACUUGCAAACUUGUAGCAAGAACAAUAAGCUAAUUCCAUUCUUACUUUAUUACUGAAAAUUAAUGACCUGUUUCUUUUUUUC